GCCGCGGCGGGCGGCGGUGCAGCGCUGCAGCAGCGCUGCCGAGCGGGGUCGCUGACCGGGGCGGGGCGCAGCGGCGGCCGGAGAGGGCCGCGGACGGCCCGCAGCAGACGCCGGCAGAGCAGACCGAGACGGCGGCCGACCACCGACCGCAGCAGCGCUCACACAGAAAAAAGAAAAUGGAGGGAAGGUUACGCCUCAAAGCGAGCAAAGGCCGCCUCGUAUUGAUGUUUUUAAUCGCCUCGGCAGUCAUUUUGUGCUUCGCCGUAAUCCUGCCAGGCGACCCUCUGUUGCGGCCGGUGCCGCGCACCUACGGCGACCUGCUGCGCGGGCCGCUGGUGCUGGGUCAGGACGACCCGGUGCUGAUCGCGGCCGUGCGGGACGUACUCGACGGGCCCUCCUCGGAGCCGUACCAGCUCCGCUUCCCCGAGCAGCGGGACAGCUCGCAGAGCGGCCAGCAGGCCCACCUGCUGGACAUCAUCGGCAGCAGGGAGCUGGACUCCUGAGCGGGAGUACGACCAAUGCGGAUCGGCUCUCCGCAGGCAGGUGGGGGAGGCCAGCAUCGCCACCAGUUCAGCUCUACUGCAGCAGAUGCACGCCCGCCGGCAACAUCGUCUCCAGCUCGCGGCCAUCUCAGUUCAGCUGGAGUAGAGCUUCGCCUCAUCUGUUCUUGGUGCCAGAUUUGGCCGAUCCGUCGGUACACAUGGGAGUAAACAAAGGAACUAAAAAGGGAACUGACGUGCCCGUUUCGCUUUUUCAAAGGGACCCUCCUAUCAGACACGUGCAUGGGUCCGAGUGAUGGAUCUAUGAUCUUUAUGGACCUCGAAGGAAACUGCAGGUUAGGAUCUAUGGCCCCACGGGAUUCAGCGUGAAAAAUUUAAUCUGAAUCUAUGAUCUGAUACGAUCUGACGAUAAACCAAGAACUUUGAUCUAUGAUCUGAGUGGAUCCUUCCAUGCACAGCAUUUGAAACCAGGGUUUCCAAGUGUUUCUAUGUCAAGUGCCACAAAAUUGUGGAUAUGACGUGCAAUCACAUAGAAGCUCUAAAACUGAACGUUUGUGACUUGCAAGUUGCAACGAGUGAUUUGCUGGGAUUUCUGAGUUGACAAAAGUAAAUGAGGAUCUAUGAUCUCACUGGAUCUCAAGCAAAAAUUAGACUCGGGUCUGUCAUCCCUACGCAUCUCUCGACAAACUUAACCCUCGCCGGCACAGGCCAGUUUGCGUCCUUCGACGGCACAAGGGGGUUAAGGGGGUAGGGACGACCCCCUCGCGUUUGGCCCCUGAUCUAGCUAGAGCUUCGCGGAAAAGACGAGCGUGCUGCCCGCGGCUGCCGGUAGAGUGCGGGCUGCCUACUUGCGGGGGGCCGUCGUGGCGCCGGCCCCGAUGGACUGGGCGAGCAGUGAGCCAGUGAGUUGGGGACCUCUGCGCUGUCUGGUGCUCUACAUAGUUUGUAUUGCGCUCGCUUGAUAUGGCUUGAGUCAAUAUAGAGUGAACUGAUUGAGGUGA